UCGGAAUGGCCAAACGAGAAUAUGCAUUCAGGACUCUGGUACGAUGUGGCAUAGUUGAAGUUGAUGAAGAGAUUAUUGGCUCUCAAACAUUCACAUUUAAACUCGUUAUCUCGUCCACUAAAGUGUAAAUGGGUCUCCAUUAGCCCUGGGGCAGGUCAGACUCGCUGACUGAUGGAACCAGAGAAGAGGGGGAAAAAGGGGAAAUCUCUUCGCUCAAGCAGAAGCGCCAGGCACUGGCGGGACAACGUCGAACGCGGCUCUCUUUCGGGUGCAAUGUAGUUCGUCGUCGUGUGGCGGACCAUGUAGUGAGUGUUUGCGCCUGCACGUAGUAUGAUAUUGAGUCCGAUAUGUCUAAUGUGACGCCGAGCAAAAGCGUGGAAUGGCUGCAACUCGAGCUAGAGUCCGGAGGCACCUCUCUGCUCCUGCUGGACUGCCGCUCGCAUGAGCUCUAUGAGUCCUCCCACAUAGAGACCGCCAUAAACCUGGCCAUACCUGGGCUGAUGCUCCGGAGGUUCAAAAAGGGCAACAUACCGAUCCGGACUAUCAUCCCCAACCACGAGGAUAAGGAGAAGUUCAUAAGACGGUGCAAGACGGACACGGUCGUUCUCUACGACGAGUGCACCUUGGGCUGGCAGGACGGCGGAGCCCCGACGUCGGUUUUGGGUCUGCUUCUUCAAAAACUGUGGGAAGACGGCUGCAAAGCGUAUUACUUGGAAGGUGGAUUUGUCAAGUUCCACACAGAGUACCCAGAGCACUGUGAGACCCUCCUUGAUAGCUCCUGUCCCAGUUCCUCUCCUCCGCUCUCUGUUCUGGGUUUUGGAAAUCUCCGGAUCAGCUCAGAUUGUUCCGAUGGAGAGUCCGAUCGAGAACCGAGCAGUGCCACGGAGCCCGAGGAGAGCCCCAUCCCCAGCAAUCAGCCUGCCUUCCCUGUCCAGAUCCUUCCCUACCUUUACCUGGGCUGCGCCAAAGACUCCACUAACCUAGACGUGCUGGGCCAGUACAACAUCAAGUACAUUCUGAACGUCACACCCAAUCUCCCCAACAUGUUUGAGCAUGAUGGCCACUUCAGGUACAAACAGAUUCCCAUUUCGGACCACUGGAGUCAGAACCUGUCCCAGUUCUUCCCAGAGGCCAUAUCAUUUAUAGAUGAGGCUCGAUCGAAGCAGUGCGGCAUCCUGGUCCACUGCUUGGCCGGCAUCAGUCGCUCAGUGACAGUCACUGUUGCCUACCUGAUGCAGAGACUCAACCUUUCUCUCAACGACGCUUAUGACUUUGUCAAGAGGAAGAAGUCCAACAUUUCCCCAAACUUCAACUUCAUGGGUCAGCUCCUGGACUUUGAGAGGACGCUGGGGCUGCACAGUCCCUGUGAUAACCGUUCUACCAGCGAGGAACAGCUCUUCUUCACCACACCAACCAAUCACAACGUCUUCCAGCUGGACACGCUGGAGUCGACAUGAAGAUCAAUUGGACAGCUUUUUCGUUGUUUCCUGUGGUGUCUCUGAUGUUUUCUGAGCCUGUCAGAUGCCUAACUAGUUGAAACAGGCAGGAAGUCAGUUGCACUAUUUCUGCACCAAAAGGAACUACAUUGAUUUGUGGCAGGAAUAACGCUCACAUGCAGAGAAAAUGCUCGGUUUGAUCAAGUCUCAAUGCCUUAAUAUCUAACACAAGGAUGAAUUUUGCUAUCCAACAUACAUGGCAUUAAUAAAUGGUCAUGUACAGCCAUAAUAGCAGGAGAUUUCAUAAACUUUCUAUUAAAUCUAGGACUGUUGUGUGACUGUUACUUGUUAUUCACCAGCUGUAAAGUGGAUGUUAAUGUAUUUCUUUGUAUUAUUCAUGAUUAUUGCCUUGAUGGUCUAGAGGAGUCUUUUGCCAAUCAGAAUGUUUUCUGUGGACCAAUCUGAGAUGUUUUGAUGGUACUCUAGUGGAGGAAAAUAAGCUACUACAAUGAUCCGGCCUUGAAUUUUCGUCCAGUUUUCCUUCUGAUGACCGUUUGUAGUUCUCUUGCAGCAGAAUGGAGUGACCAUUGAAAGCAGUUUUUCCCUGUGCUUUUAGUCAGAAUACCUUAACUAAUAUCUGGAAAACACCAGGAUGUUAAAUAAGUGGCCACUUGUUGUGAAAUAUCAAAGUCAAGCAUACAGUAUUACUCUUCAGAAACCCUCCUGUUCAUUCCAUUGCUUAAAACUGCAUUAUUUGCAUGUGAUUAUGUUCUACCAAGGGCCUACCAUACCUUAGCAUGAAAUUGAACUAGAUGUCUAGGUAUAGCGUAUAGGAGUGGUUUUUGCCACGUUUGAAAGGAACAAAUGUGUAAGUAAUCAGUGUAUAAAGGAAUGGAUGUCCACCUUAUUUUUUAUUCUGACAGUCUUCAGCCUGCAGCUACUCCUUCUGUGGCACAGUAAUGUUAAGGGAAACACGAUGCGUAAUUAGCUGUUCUCUAUUGCCAGUCUCGUCUCAGAACAAAUGAGUGAGUUUAAUGUAUGAGAGGGAAUGAAAGGAAAUUAGUUUGACUAAUGUGUUCUUACCUCACAGAGAGACAUUUUCAGGGAUUUUUAUACAAGGCAUCUGUAGCUUGUCAUGGCCUCUUAAAGUGCAUCCAAGGGCUGUUGUGUUUUGUAUGUUUGUAAAGAUGUACAUAAAAUGUGGUUGUUAUAGGGACAUUUUCUCAAAAUCAUGAAGAAUGCAAAAGUGAUCCUAUUUUGACCCUUAUGUAUAUUAUAUGUAAAACUAAAUGUCCAAGACAUUCUGUACAAGUUUAUACAACAAAUAUAUUGUAUAUUUUUACUUGAA